GGAGACCAGAGAACCUCAGUCAGCUUUAAACUCUCUGAAACAUGAUUCAAGAUGUAAGAAAACAUUCAGCUGCUCCGAGUGUGGGAGAAGAUUUGGCUUCAUGUCACGUCUGAAGAUACAUAUGAGAAUCCACACAGGAGAAAAACCUUUUAGCUGCUCAGUUUGUAAUACAUCAUUUACACAUAGUGGAAGUUUACAAAAACACAUGAGAACUCACACAGGAGAAAAACCUUUCAGCUGCUCUGAGUGUGGUAAAGCUUUCACUGAAAGUGGAACCCUGAAGAGACACAUGAUAACUCACACAGGAGAAAAACCUUUCAGCUGCUCAGUCUGUAAGAAAUCUUUUUCGCAGAGUGGAUCUUUACAAGAACACCUGAUAAUCCACACAAGAGAAAAGCCUUUCAGCUGCUCGGGUUGUAAUAAAUCUUUUACACGGAAAGCAGAUUUACAGAAACACACGAGAAUCCACACAGGAGAAAAGCCUUUCAGCUGUUUAGUCUGUAAGAAAUCUUUUACACAGAGAGGAGGUUUAUGGUCACACAUGGCAGUCCACACAGGAGAGAAAAGAUACAGCUGCAGUGUUUGUAAUAAAAGAUUUGCCUGGCGUUCUGAUGUCAUAAUACAUAAAUGUGUUGGUCAGACUGGUGACUCUUCUAAACCUGAGACUGGUGACAUGGAAUAACGUUUGUGCAUUCAAGUCUAAGCUAAACUUCUCAAGUACUAAACAAAAAUCUUUAUGUAUCAACAUCUAGAUAGAAGACAUUAUAUUGUGUGGUAGCAAUAAUUAUAAUCAAGAAAGAAGAAAAAUGUAACCACCCGAUAUUUUAUAGGUCCCACACAUAUAUUCACUUCUUUCUAAGUAACGUAUGUUUAGCAAGAUUCACUAUUAAUCAUGUAUCAAUAUGGGAGUUUAUUCAAUACACAUUGGGUUCAUGUUUUAAUUUGAUGUCUCAUGUUUAAGCACAAUUUAGGCCCAGCAGUCUCUGAGAGGAGACUUUUCUCUCUGUGUCAGGGAGACAGGAAGUGCAGGUUGAAUCUAUCUUUAGUUUAAACAAGGGAGAUGUGAUGGAGGUAGCAUCGGGAAGUUAGCCUAGCAUGGUGUUUCCUGUCAGGGAGAGGAGGAGUUUUCUCUUUGAAGUAAAGCUGAGAUGGACAUAUUAGGAUCUCUAUAAAACUAUAAAAACUCACUUGUGCAUUGCUAUGUUCCAAGGUAAUAUGAUCAGUGACCCCAACAUGAUUAAGGUCUUUUGACAUGUGUAGUGUUAACUAUGCCAUUAAUUAGGCCACGGUAAAGCUAAUAAAGUAAAGAAAUAUAAUGGUUUGAUAUGACCGGUGUGGUACACCAGGACAUGCUGAGUACCCUCCAGGAUGAAUUAAAGU